CUUGACCCCUCUCGACAGGACGAGUGUCGGAACUUCAUGAAGGUUCUGCUGAGCCGGAGGGACGGCACGCUGUUUGUGUGCGGAACCAACGCCUUUAACCCUCUGUGUGCCAACUACUCCACGGACUCUCUGGAGCUUCUUGGGGACACGAUCAGCGGGAUGGCGCGCUGCCCCUACGACCCGAAACAUGCCAACGUGGCCCUCUUCGCAGGUGGGAACCUGUUCACGGCGACAGUGACGGACUUCCUGGCGAUUGACGCUGUUAUUUACCGGAGCCUGGGGGACAGUCCAGCUCUGCGCACCGUCAAGCACGACUCCAAGUGGUUCAGAGAGCCCUAUUUUGUCAGCGCUGUGGAAUGGAGGGACCACGUUUACUUCUUCUUCAGGGAGAUGGCAAUGGAGUUCAACUACCUGGAAAAGGUCCUGGUGUCUCGCGUGGCCCGUGUGUGUAAGAGUGAUCUGGGGGGCUCUCAGAGAGUGCUGGAGAAGCAGUGGACCUCCUUCCUCAAGGCUCGGCUCAACUGCUCGGUCCCGGGAGACUCUCACUUCUACUUCAACGUGCUGCACUCCACCACUGGGGUCCUGCAGCUGGACGGGAGAGACGUGGUGCUGGGGGUCUUCUCAACACCGUCCAACAGUAUCCCCGGCUCUGCCGUGUGUGCCUUCGAUAUGGAGCAGCUGGACCGGGUGUUCCAGGGGCGCUUCAAGGAGCAGAAAUCUCCCGAGUCCAUCUGGACCCCGGUGCCGGACGAGGCUGUGCCCAGACCCAGACCUGGAGGCUGUGCUCUUCCAGGAUCCAGGUUCAACUCCUCCAGCAGCUUCCCUGACGAGAUGCUGACCUUCAUGAAGACGCACCCCCUGAUGGACGAGGCCGUCCCCUCGCUGGGGCCCCAGCCCUGGAUCAUCAGGACCAUGGUCAGGUACCACCUCAGCAAGAUUGUGGCGGACACAGAGGCCGGCCCCUACAGGAACCACACGGUCCUCUUCCUGGGCUCAGACUCGGGGAGCGUCCUCAAAUUCCUCAUCAAACCCAAAAGUGAAAGCAACCCUGGCAACAGCAGCCUCUUCCUGGAGGAGUUUGAAGGAUACAACCCUGACAAGUGCGGUGGAGAUGGCCCCGAGUCCAGGAGCAUGUUAGCCAUGUCUCUUGACAGGCCCAGCCGCUCUCUCCUGCUGGCCUUCCCCUCCUGUGUGGUCCGGGUCCCCCUCGCUCGCUGCCAGCAGCACUCCCUGUGCAUGAAAAACUGCAUCUCCACUCAGGACCCGUACUGCGGCUGGACCAAGGGCAGCACCUGCUCCUUCCUUGAACCUGGGACCAGGCUCCCGUUCGAGCAGGACGUCAAUCAUGGAAACACCUCCUACCUCGGGGACUGUGACGGCCUCCUGCAGGAGAGCUUCGUGGAGCAGCGGGACGGCCUGGUCUCUGUGAACCUGCUCGUGGUCUCCGCGGUCUCUGCCUUCGCGAUGGGGGCGGUGCUGUCGGGCCUGGCGGUCUGCUGGUUCAUGGGUCACCAGCACCGGCACUGCGGCCGCAGCGGGGCGGGCAGCUCGGGGGCCGUCCGGCGCAAAGGGGACAAGGAGCAGAGCAUGGGGGGCUCAGUGGUGAGCGUGACCCGGCCCAGCGGGGGCAGUGAUCGGGCCCUGCCCAGGGGCCAGUCCGAGACCCUGCUGGCCCCCCUGAUGAUGCCGAACGGCUGGCCCAAGGGCAUGGGGGUGGCGGUGGGGGGCGUGCCUGACCUCGAUUCGGGGGGUCUCCUGCCCACUCCGGAGCAGACCCCUCUGCAGCAGAAACGCUGCCCCCCGGGUCUCCGGCUGAGCGGAGGGGACCCCAGCUGGGAGCAGAGUCACAACUACCUGAACACUGGCCCCGGCCCCUCCUCCUCCUCCUCCUCCUCCUCCGUCAUCUACCUGAGCUCCAAGCACCUGCCCAGGGAGAGCAGGCACUGUGCGCAGGGGGAGCAGAGAGAGCCCCAGCACUACCUCUCCCUGGCAGUGAGGGAGCGCUCCGACAGGCACAGCCCGGCUCUCAGGAACUCCUCCGGGGAGUACCCCUACCCCGUCACCCCGCAGGACAGCCCAGACAGGAGGAGGGUGGUCUCGGCCCCCAACACCCAGCUGGAUUUCGGAGAGCACCUGCGCUGGAAUCCAGAGAGCCUCAACUUCAACAGCAACAACGGGUCGUCUUCCCAGAGCAGCCGUCAUUCCAGCAAGCCCCCGCCCCCCCAGCACCCCCACAGCGGCGGCCACGCCUUCCACGGCCUGCUGAGGUCAUCGCACCAGCCACACCCACCCGCCCUGAACGGCCUAUCAGACUUCAGCCAGCUGCUGUGCAAGGGAGCGAACAGGCGGACUCCAUCUGGCCAAUGAGAAACCAGUCAAAAAAAUAAAUAAUACACCUUGAAAAAUGACAAGCAUUGCCCAGUUACAAACAACCAGUGCUCAGCCUCUCUCCUCUCUUCUCUCUCUCCUCUCUCUCUCUCCUCUCUCACCCUCCCUCUCCUCCCUCUCUCCUCUCUCCCUCCCUCUCUCCCUCUCCCUCUCUCCUCUCUCUCCCUCUCUCUCCUCCCUCUCUCCUCUCUCUCCCUCCCUCCCUCUCUCCCUCUCCCUCUCUUCUCUCUCUCUCCCCUCCCUCUCUUUCACUGUCAGAGCAGCGUCUCCACUUAGUGAUUUACAAAGGGAAUGUGAGUGUAAGAAAGACUGUGCAAAACCUUUGCUGUGAAACCAUUGAUAUGAAUGUUAUGAAGCACUUCCGUUCACAGCAGCUCUGCCAGCGCUGCAGAAAACUCAAACCCUCGUCUCCACUGCCAGAGAAAAUCAAACAGCCAAACCAGCUGCAUGUACACGUUCAAGAGGGCAGGCAGCUGCUGUUUAGAGACAAGCAUGUGGGCCACUUACUGGUUAGGAAGAGAUAUUCACAUGAGAUUAUAAGAGAUUAUCCAGUCCGGUCCAGUCCAGUCCAGUCCAGGGGUUUAGCAAGGAGCCUCCUGAAAACACUCACCCCUCCCUCCCAAAGCCACUCAAUUAUUGUGCCUGACUGGUCCCUGUUCUGCGCAGUGUGGGUUUGUUUCCAUUACCUUAGUGCUCAGGCAACACAGACCCAGAUAAUCUCAUUCCUGAGCUGGUGGAGGCAGCACAUCGCACAGGGAGGCUGGAUCUGACCACAGUUUAAGCCUCCAUUUUGCUAAAUGGAAACAGCAAUAUAAUGCUUUUGGAAAUAAAAGUGAAAAUCUUCAUUGGAAACAAAGUAUUUUCACCCUAUCUAAAUAAAGAGGGAGAAACUUCAUUCAGAGCACCCGAGAGUUUAACCUGAACUGGAGGGACACCCUGAACACCCCCCCCCCCCUUCCCCCACACACACAAUGGUACACUCCAGUCCCAGAACACUUCCGAUUGAUCCAGAGUCAGUCUGAGAGCUGCCCCUGGACAGCAGCACACAGGAGGGGCAGGAACACGGAGCAGCCCGGGAGCAGAGUGUCUGGACAGCAGCACACAGGAGGGGCAGGAACACGGAGCAGCCCGGGAGCAGAGUGUCUGGACAGCAGCACACAGGAGGGGCAGGAACACGGAGCAGCCCGGGAGCAGAGUGUCUGGACAGCAGCACACAGGAGGGGCAGGAACACGGAGCAGCCCGGGAGCAGAGUGUCUGGACAGCAGCACACAGGAGGGGCAGGAACACGGAGCAGCCCGGGAGCAGAGUGUCUGGACAGCAGCACACAGGAGGGGCAGGAACACGGAGCAGCCCGGGAGCAGAGUGUCUGGACAGCAGCACACAGGAGGGGCAGGAACACGGAGCAGCCCGGGAGCAGAGUGUCUGGACAGCAGCACACAGGAGGGGCAGGAACACGGAGCAGCCAGGGAGCAGAGUGUCUGGACAGCAGCACACAGGAGGGGCAGGAACACGGAGCAGCCCGGGAGCAGAGUGUCUGGACAGCAGCACACAGGAGGGGCAGGAACACGGAGCAGCCCGGGAGCAGAGUGUCUGGACAGCAGCACACAGGAGGGGCAGGAACACGGAGCAGCCCGGGAGCAGAGUGUCUGGACAGCAGCACACAGGAGGGGCAGGAACACGGAGCAGCCCGGGAGCAGAGUGUCUGGACAGCAGCACACAGGAGGGGCAGGAACACGGAGCAGCCCGGGAGCAGAGUGUCUGGACAGCAGCACACAGGAGGGGCAGGAACACGGAGCAGCCCGGGAGCAGUGUCUGGACAGCAGCACACAGGAUUAUUCAGUAAAAAUACAAGCCUGGGGGGGGGGGCUACACACAACAUGGGGACAGAUGAAGUCAGAAUGCAAUGGAAGUCAGGGAGAGGGGGACAGAACAGGACUGGGUUCAGACCCUCUCCCCCCACGGAUAUCCCCCACAUCGCACUCAAAGACAUUUCUAGAAAGCAACGUUCAUUCACCGCGGGCUCUUUGCUGCCUGUGUUGAAUCUGUAGCACAAUGUAUGAAGUUUAAAUGAGUUCCGCUGUGAUACUCAGUCUCUUACAGUUGGGGGCGCUGCUAGAGUUUUUUCAGCUGUGGGGUUGUGAAAGAUAAACUAGCUAGCUCAGGUUUUCGAAGCGUCCGUCAGUGUGAGGCUGUGCAAGGCUGGGUCCCAGCGGCACAGUCCGAGCGCCGUGCUCCACCAGGUACAGGUGCAUCAGUAUUAUUCACACCUGCAUGAAUUGCUGCUUUCUUUAGUUUCAUUUCAUUUUUCACACCCUCAAUUCGGGUUAUUGCUUUUCUGUCUUUAAAUUGAAUUAAAGUGACACGACUCUG